AUGCCGCACCGUAAACAGGCGCGAGCAAUUCCCUGUGAUUUUGACGAUAUCGACUUUGCUGAAAUGCAACGUGAAACCACUGAAGUUCAAAGUGAUAACGACGAAUUGAGGUGGCAGGUGGAGUUGUUAACACAACGAAUGGAUAAAGUCUUGCAUAUGCAGCGUCAGUUUGACGACGUGACGAUUGUAGAUGAAAAUCCGUUCGCUGACCCCCAGAAUCGCUCACCUGAGCGCUCUAACCACAGAUGGUAG